GUCGACGGGGUUGCCCCGAGGACCCCACAAGCGUUGUAGAGGCGGCGGGCGUUCUCUACCCGACGGCCGCGCCCGCACCGGGGCCCGCGCCGAUUGGCCGGCUGGCGGUCGCUGGGCGGGUCGAGGCGGACCUCGCGGCCAGGUGAGGCGCCCCGCCCCUCGACCGCUCCAGGUGCAGCGGUGGGGACGGUAGGGUCCAAAGCCCGGUGUCCCCGGACAGGGCUGGGGCGCCAUGGCCGAGUCCCAGCUGAGCUGCCUGGACGAGGCGCACGUGAACGAGAAGGUGACCGAGGCGCAGGCCGCCUUCUACUACUGCGAGCGGCGGCGGGCCGCGCUGGAGGCGCUGCUGGGUGGAGGCGAGCAGGCCUACCGCGAGCGGGUCAAGAAGGAGCGGCUGCGGGACUUCCUCUCCAGCAAGGAGCGCCAGGCCCUCCGCGCCGCCUGGAGCCCCUACGAGGAAGCCGCUGUCUCCAAGGCCGGUGGCAAGGCCAAGUCCAAGGCCCCGGCCGAGCCUAGCGAGUCCCUUGCCUAUUGGCCAGACCGCUCGGACACCGAAGUGCCCCCGCUGGACCUGGGAUGGACGGACUCCAGCUUCUACCGCGGCGUGAGCCGUGUCACGCUCUUCACCCACCCGCCCAAAGAGGAGAAGGCGCCGCACCUGAAACAGGUGGUCAGACAGAUGAUCCAGCAGGCCCAGAAGGUCAUUGCUGUCGUCAUGGAUCUUUUCACUGAUGGGGAUAUAUUCCAAGACAUCGUAGAUGCUGCCUCUAAGCGCCGGGUCCCUGUAUACAUCAUCCUGGAUGAAGCAGGAGUGGAGUACUUUUUGGAGAUGUGUCAGGGCCUGGAACUUGCUGACUUCCGCAUUCGGAAUAUCCGGGUCCGCUCUGUGACAGGAGUUGGCUUCUACAUGCCCAUGGGGAAGAUCAAGGGGACUCUCUCAUCGAGGUUCCUGAUGGUGGAUGGAGACAAAGUAGCCACUGGAUCUUAUAGCUUUACCUGGAGCUCCUCCUAUGUGGACAGGAAUCUUCUUUUGCUCCUGACAGGGCAGAACGUGGAGCCCUUUGACGUUGAGUUCCGGGAGCUGUAUGCCAUCUCUGAGGAGGUGAACUUAUACAAGCACCUGGGUCUGGCAGGCAGGCUUGGCCUCAACUACUCCUCCACUGUAGCUCGAAAACUUAUCAACCCCAAGUACUCCUUAGUGGCAGGCAGCCGCCCUCCUCCAGGAGAGAUGAUGCGCUGGGCGGUGCGACAGCAGCAGGAAACUGAUGGCAACGCAGAGGGACAGGAGGGCAGUGGCGGUGGCGAAUCUGCCCGGCGUCUGGAGAGCUUUCUCAAUGAUCUGGCUACAGUAGAACAGAUAUUGCCCACAGUAGAUUCCAUUUCCCCGAGAUUGCCGAGAACAAAGGAUGGCAGGACGGUCUCUCAGGUGCAUGGAGACCUGAGGCACAAAUCCCAGAAUGGCAAGGGAGAAGCUGCCAAUGGAGAUGCCAUCCCAGCCAAGGAGGGCAGACGCUUCGGCAGCAGGUUAUUCAGCCGACGAGUGAAGAAGCCUGCCGGGCCGAACGUGGAGAACUCCUCCUCCCCAGACAUUUUUGCUGAUGGGGAGUUUCCUCUGGCGAAGAAGCCCAACGAGGGUUCCAGUGCCAACAUAUCAGGUAAAGUGACUCCUAGGAUUACCAAGCCCAACAACUGUGUGAUCGCCUGAGCUGCAGGAUAGUGGUGGGUGGAACCUGCAGAUGCCCACCCAUCCUGUCCUAUGCUGGGAGAGCAUGGCCUAUACCCUGCAUUGGUUCACACAUCAGAACCUAACCAGGUCUCCUACCCUGCAGUCUCCACCCUGGUCUUAAGAUCUGAAUCCCAGAUGGCAGGAUCUCAACCAUCACCAUCCUCAGCAGACUGCUAUGGCCGGAAAAGGAACACUGCUACCUUGUUUAUAUGAAGUAGAAGCCUGGCUAGCAUCUGUUCUCCUUUAUGCCAACUUCCCCUCCACUGGGCCAGCCCUGCCCUACAGGACAACUGCCAUUCUUCCUACCUUGGAGGACAGGAUAUCCAAAGCAGCCCCAGCCACUUGGCUUUUUGUUGGACUUCUGGUGCUGUCCAGUUCCCCAUACCCCAGAGGUUGGCGGGAAAAGGGACGAAGAUGGGACUCAGAGCCAGUUUUGCUCUAGCCGUGUUCCCAAUGCAGCUGAUAUGGCCUUAGGGACACCUAUUCCGGCUGGCACCUGAACUAGUCUCUGAGUGGAAUGGGCUGGGGAUGGUGCUACUUUGGCCUCCUUUGGUAGUAGCAGGAUCUGACGGUGGUGAAGAGCCCCUUCCCUCCUGCACUGCUGUAGCCAGCCUGGCCCUGAGUGCCCUGGGCCUCCCUGGCUGGUGCCAUGGAAAACUGGGGCUCCACAGAGCGCCUUUCCCCAUGCCUGCGCCUUUCAGUAGGCUUUUGUUUACAGGCCCUGUGAAGGAUGGGGGUGCAGGGGAGAAGGCUGGGCCCAGGAGACAAGAGCAUUUGUGUUUCGUGACGGUUCCUCCCUGAGCAUUUGUGUGGCCUUCACACACUAGGGCUUCCUCAGUGAAAUUUCAGCCAAAGACUAGCCUUAGCCUCCUGCGAAAUGUCAGGCUGUUCUUAGACACCUCGGUUUCUCUAAAACAGGGUGGCCUAAUUUGCCACAGUACUAGGCCAGGACAACCAGCCCCACUGCCACCUCCCCACACAGUGAAUUGUCCAGGCUGAGGGAGAGUGAACAUUGACACAAAAGACACUAUCUAACUGCAGACAGAAUGACAGAGGGCAAAGGGCCACACAGAAGCCUUUCCAUUCCUCUAAACCAAGCUUAUGUCCCCUUUUCUUUCGGAAAAGCCCUUGGGUACCACUAGUACUGGGAGGGACACAGGCAUCUGCAAAGGCAGCCAGUGAGAGGCAGGGAGGGGGCACUGUGGGCUGUAGAAGUGGGGCAAUACAUGGUGACCUAUGCCUGUGUCUGGCUUCCUGGCUGGUGGGGAAUAAAAGGGAAAAUAAGGAUGGUCUCAGCCCAGCGUCCACUCUGUUCAUGAGGUUAGCUUCCGGGAGUGGGCAAGGAGCCCCACCAUGGCUUCCCAACCUUUUGUGAGGAUUAAACACUUCUGGUAAGUGCUUUCUGAAACAAGGCCGGCAGUGUGUCAUGUGCUUAUUCUAGAGGAAAGGGGAGGCAGGUGACAUGGGAAGUGGCCUGUUACACCUCUGUUGCGCUUGUCACCUUGAAGACAUGGAAUGCAAGGCCCCUAAACUACAUUGGAGAUAAGAAAUGACCGUGUAAAGAGUGGUCGCCUAAGACCAGGUAAGAGACCUGCUCUGUUCUGUUCUGUUCUCAAGCAAUUCUGUUGAGGCCAUCUUCUCUCUUCCCAGUGAGGGAAGCUAGCCUGUUUCACCCCGCCCCUGAGCCAGCCCUUCUGGACAGGCAGCCGGAGGGAGAAUGCUCUUCCCUACCGUACUGCUUUGCUGUCGCUGAGCCACUCACCGCAUGCUUUAGUCAUGAGCCUUACAAAGGCUGGCUGAAGAUAGAGUCUCUUGUGCAGGCUCACCACCAUCCCCAAAUCUGCAUCACAAGCAUACUCGAGGCCAACGCUGCAGAACCUGUUGGGAACAUAGGAUGUGGCCCAGGCUGGCCUCCAACAGCCGCUCAGUCCUCCUGAAUGCUGGGUUACAGGUGUGCGACAUCGCACCCAACUUUACCUCAUGAGAAUUUGGCAUAGAGUUUUGACUCUGAGGUUGGCUGACUUGCCUAAGAUUUUCCAUUCUGCAACAUCUUCCACCUUUGUCCUAGUUACCUUGUUUAACACUUCGCUGCCUUGUUCUCCCAAGAACAGGUGUGUUUAACACUUCACUGCCUUGUUCUCCCAAGAACAGGUGUUUGUGUACACACCUCUGCCUUCCAUUCCGCCCUCUGUCAGAUUUCCUCCCAAUCUGUUCCCCUUCCUUCAGUCUCAGCCAUGGUAAGCAACAUGGGACAUACCUACAUGUGUUCAGGAGUGGCCCCCUCCAAAAAAGAGCUAGCGCUGACAGCAAAAGAACUUCCAAACUCGAGGGAGGCAGACAGUCUGAGUAGACAUCACGAAGCCCCUGUCUGCAGCAAGUGGCCCCGCCUGUGCCAUGGCUGCAGUGUAUCACCUGGCACUUCCCUGCCCUCAUGUCUUCUUCCCCACAGGGCCCAGUGGGUGUCACGAGUCAUGUACUGCUUUUCCAAAGGCACGAGAUUUGCUUCAGAGUAGGUUCAGUGGGUUGAACCUGACCAAGGUAGGAAGAAUGCACGCCAGAGAAAAGCAAGAGGUGGCAGGUGCAGACGAGCAAGUGUUAACAGGCCAAGAAAUCCCAGGGCAGACCCGGCGGCCUCAUGGGGUUAGCCCCAGGCUUCCCAGCUUGCCCAGCUGUGGAGCAGGGAACGUGCUACAUACUCUACCAUCUGGUAUGAUAGGUGCCUAUUCUUCCUUGGCCAGGCUUUAGGCACAAAGGCCACAUCUGUCUGGCUCAAUGUCAUGACCAUAGUAUCUUCUUAAUAUCUGUUGGUUAAGUGGUUGAAAAUUGGAUGGCUUGUAAGAUUGAUCAGUGAGUGAAAACACUUACUGUACAAGGAUGUGGCCUGGGUUCAAUCCCUGGAACUAAAGGUAGAAGAAAAGAACCGACUCCCAAAAGUUGUUCUCAAACCUCCACAUGUACAAGCUCUAUGGUGACAUGUGUAUGGUCAUCAUUCACACUACAUAUCUGAGUCCUUUCCGAGAGAAACUGAGAAAGACCUUGACAUUGGCAGGUUAGUCCAAAUCUACCCCCACUCUGUGGGAAAGACUGGAGUCCAGUUAUAGUGAUGCCCUAGUGCACUGUCUCUCCACCUUUCCAUGACACCCGUUCAGAAACAAGUUCUUGUCCAGGAAACUGGUUAGAAGCUGAGGCAGUCUGAAGACGCCCAAAAGCAGCUUCAGGAACAGAUGCCUAUGGCAUAGGAAGUGAGCUAGGACCUGGCAUGAAAGCUGGCAAGCAUGUGGGAGCCUGCAGAAGGAAAAGCACAAAAGGCAGAAACAGGAGGCAUGUCCACAGUACCCAUGAUCCUAAAGGAAUCCAUUGUAUGCCAAAGAUCUUGCUUUGUGGUUUACAUUUCCCCACUGGCAGCUUGGUGGUUAGGCGACUGAAUAGGGAAGGGCAACUCACUGCUUGUCUGCAGUGAGCUAUUUAGCAAGUGGAUAGUUACUGGGUGCCAGGCCUAGCGACACACAGUGACUGAGGAAGGCAAGGUUUGAAAGCAGAGUGGAUGAAGUCAGGAGGUGGUGGCGCACACCUUUAAUCCCAGCAAUUGGGAGGCAGAGGCAAGUGGAUCUCGGCAAGUUUGAGGGCCAGCCUGGUCUACAGAGCAAGUUCUAGGACAGCUAGAGCUACAUAGUGAGAACCUGCCUUGAAAAACCAAACCAAACCAAAAACCAACAAGAAAAGAAAGCAGAGUGAAUGCGUGCUGCUUGUGGUGACUUUCAUGAGGGCGUGAAGUAGACUAGGCUGUCCCAGACAGAGUCCUGGCUCUUCCACUACAUGGCUAGGUGCCCAACAGCCUUACUUCUAGAAUUUGGAUUUCCUUAUAUGUUGCGUGGAAGACACCCACCAAGAUAAAACAUCUAGCAGGAGAGCAUUCAGGCUUGGAACUUCCAGAAGGAUUUUGUGACGUCUUCCUGUUCCCGCACCCUGGCAAACAGUUAAGCUCGGGGUGCUUGGUUGACACACUGGGCUGAGUACUAGUUCACCUGGAGGAAGUCUCAAGGCCCAGGGGUGGAGAAAACUGUCAAAGCUUCUGUUUGUGCACUGUUGGACAAGGACUCGAGUGUACCACGUCCUCACCUCAGAAGGCAGCGGGUUCAAGAAAAUCUCAUUUCUCUUGACUAAUAGUUGUGGGUGAAACGGACAAUUUUAGCUUGUCUGGCGAAUACUGUAAAUAUGCAAAAUACAAAUAAAGCUUGAACCAAAGACAGUAUUCUGUACUCAAGAAGCUGGCCCACUCAGUACCACA